CGUUUUUUGCCACGAACGCCUGCGCCUUUGGAAGAGCAAAGGAAUCUUGAGGCGGGCUUGAAGAAGAUCUCGUGUAUGAUACACGAGGGUUCUGAAUAUGGUUUCAGUCUCAUCAUGAUUUUCGACAAGACCUCCUUGGCGACUCUCUUUGCCGUCGCGCACCUCGCUCUGUUGGCUUGUGCUGAAGCUGAGGCCCAAUUCAGUCCAAGCAGAGCAGAGCUUGGUCAAAGGAGGAAGUUCCUUGUCGUUAGACGAAAGAAAUUACAAGGGCUUGAAAGUGAUGAGGAAUCCCUCGAAGUUGGCGACAAUGACUUCCGGGCUGGAAAGUCUCUAGUUGGGAAUAACUUCCGUCGACGAGUCCGACAACAUGCCGUUUCAUCAUUCGCCGGACUGCAUAAUCAACAAGAGCCUUAUUCGGUCAAGAAUCAACAAAACCGGGUUAGGGUUCCGUUGAGGCAAGUGUCGCGUCAAAGGCAACACCAUCAACAAUCUGGCCAACAAAACCAAGCCCGUCAUAAAGCCCCGGUUGUUCCAGGCCUGGACCAACAUCGUUUGGCCUUGCAAGCUCAUGAGGCUCAAAUUCAAGCUCAUUUAGCUUUGGCUCGAGGUCACAAAAUCAACAAAGGACAUCACCAAGGGCCUUCUCACUUGAAUCAUAUUGUCCUGGAAAAUACACGGAAGCCAGUUCAAGUGAUUCAACCUCUUCGAAUCCCGGCAAGAGUAGAACCUCAAUCUCAACCACCUCAGCCUGCUCCUUUUAAGCUCGACCACCAAGAUCAUCACGACCACCGAGAUCAUCAGGACCACUUGGAUCACCAGGCCCCUCUUCAUGUGGACCAUCAUGUGGAAGAGUAUGUGGAGCCUCAGGCUUUUGCCGCUCCAGCCAUCCAACCCCAAGCCAUUGAUCUGAGACCGGUGGAACCUCAAGCUUUUGCCGCUCCAGGUGUUGUUCAACUCCAGCCCAUCGAUUUUCGACAAGGUUUCGCGGGUCCAAUCGACUUGGAAGCCGUGGCUAUUGCUGGUGAGCGAUGCAUUGAUAAAAUCGUCAAUGUGGAGGAAACUGAAUACGAGGAGACCAUCGACUGCCAUCACAGCUACAACCAAAAGUGCCAUACCACGUACACCACGGACUUUGCUCCCCAACAAGAAGAGGAAUGCGAGGAGAACUUCAAAAAGGAUUGCUUUAUCGAGUACAACAAGGUGGCUCAUAACGAAAGCGUCGAGUUCUGCCACACCCCCGUGGUGAAGGACUGCAAUAUCCCUGGACCUGUAGAAUGCCGAACUGAGUACGAAUCCGAAUGUGAAACCCACUAUCACGAGCAUGUUCUCGAGGAGGAUGUCCCCGAAUGCGAGACCAUCAAGGAAUACAAAUGUGAGACUGUUCAAAGCGGUUACUCCACUGAAGAGAAAUGCAAAGAAUGGCCCAAAGAGAGAUGUACCAUUCGCAAGGAGUUAGUUCGCAAGGUCACGCCCGAAACUGGUUGCAAGAAGGUGCCAAAGGAGAAAUGCGCUCCAGCCGGAUGCGGCUUUGUUCCGGGGGUCCAGGAAUGCUUUGACAAAACCGAGACGGUCAUCCAAGAGAUUCCCGAGGAAAAAUGUAAUCUUGAGCCUUCAAAGAGUUGCAAGCACGUUACCAAGCUGGUUCCUAAAUUGGAACCCUCUGAAGAGUGUGUGGAUGUUCCCAAGGAGGUAUGCGUUCGUUCCAAUGGCAAUCCAAGGAAGGUUACGAAGCCUGUGGUGAAGAAAUGGUGUUACACUCCUACCCCCGAGUCUGGACUCUUCUAAGUCUGAGUCCCAUUCUCAUAAAAAAAUUACCUGAACAAUGAAAUUCCUAGUUGCAAUCAAAAACAGCCUUGACAACUUUCAAGUCUCUUGCUAUUUCUGUAGUCACUCUUUGUACAAAUAGUUUAACCCUUCUCUGUGCGUUAACUUAAAAAUAUGCCAUCCAGAUCAAUGCCAGUGUUCAAAUAAAACCAUAAAAAAAAAUGU